CGCGCUGACCAGAGACCGACUUAUUAUUUUUUUUGGCCUCACAUUUAAAUUUUUGUCAGAAAGUUCUCUUCACAAUGAGCCUUGUGAAAAAAAAAGAAAUUUAUUUUCUGGGAGGGGGGGGGGGGGGGGGUUUACCAAUUUUUUUUUCGAGUCAUGGGGACACCAGCAUAACCUAUUCUCUUAAUUAAUGUUGUGAGGAUCGAGCAGUAACGUUGUGUGCACACAUAUUAAAUAUCUGAAAAAUAAAGACACAAUGUUACUAAAACAAAUUGCCAUGCAAUGUCUGUAUGUUGUAAGUGGUCGUAAAAUAUUCUGUUGGUAAAUGCGCUUAUCCCCUUGAACAAUGGGUCUGCCUCCCCCACCCCAAAACAAAUUCUUAAAAAAAAGCUUUAAAUGAAUUUUAUGCUUACUGAGGCAACCUUUUCGCACAUAUAUUUUAAGAUUUAACAUGGUGAAUUCAUGUCCUUACUUUCAUGCCAGAUUAAAGCAAUAAAACCGAGCUCUCAUUUCAUUUUUCCAACCGGUCAGAAACAAAACUAAAUCUCCAUGCAGGUGUGUUAUCUUAGUAUUAAACUGCAAAUAUCACAUGAUUCCACUUCAGUGUGUGUACCACUGCCUUUAUUUGCAUAUUUCUCUAAAAAAAAAUAUUUCAUGACGUAUGACAGUAUCAAUCGAUGACCAAUGAUAACAAGUGAUCCUGUCAGGAGAGCAAGUUAAUAAAUAACUCUGGUCUACGUGCGUUUCUCAUGUGGGGAUUUCCUCAAGGGUACGGUUAUGAGAAAUACACCAUGAAAUUCUCCUUCCAGAUGGCCAGGAUUGAUUCUCCAGACGAGGCAGACAUUUAUUUUGUCAAGCUUUAUGCUGUUGUACUUCUGCAUCUAAAAACUACAGAAACUUGACAUAUAAAUCGUUUGUCUUCAACUACCCAGGAACUUUACAUCACAAAAGGAAUAUUUCUGCUAACGGGUAAGUUUACACAUGCAUGAAUUAACAAAAUACGACAUGAAACACACACAAAAACCUGGACAGAACAGUUGCAUUGAAGGACGCCCUCUGUAGUUGGACAGUUUAUGUAGGACAUGUUUUGUUCAGCCAUGUUUGCCUAACUGCAUUUUCACUGUCAGUUUCAGAUAAAUAAACCCGAGUUUUACAGCUUUCCCGUUUGAACACGCACUAGUUACAGUUACAGUACAUGACAGAAGAGUCUUGCCAAAGAACAAUGGAUGUUCAGCCUGGACAUUGCUGGCGUUGUGAGAGGGUCCUCCCUCAACAUUCAGUGCCUUGCAAGUUUUGCAGGAUGGCGAAGUACUGCAGCACGCCAUGCCGAAACAGAGACAAAGCCAGACACAGAAGUGUGGAGUGCAAACUUUAUGCGGACAAACCAUGUACCACAUGUAGUAGGAUAGUUCCUAAAGAUGUCAGUGAGUGUGCAGGUUGCAAUAAUUCACGGUACUGCAAUAAGGAGUGUCAGCUGAAAGACUGGCCAGCCCAUAAAAAGACAUGCAAAACUGUCAAGACUGGCAUAACACAACUGUCUGUCAUACUUGCACAAAGGAACUCAAAUCUAGCCACUAACACAAGGGUCGCAGACUUGAACCAUUACUUUGGGAGCACUAUGGCUGAAGACUUCCUUAAACUUGUUAGUAAUGAAUUGUCCGAUGAGAUGGCAUCUGAAAAUUUGACCAGGGAUUUUCAUGUCUUAUCUGCUGGGUGUGGAGAUUUACGCAGUACGGUUUUGACAGCUGGUUCCUUACCUGAUGAGUACCAGGGGAAACUUCACAUAACUCUUAACGAUUUCGACCCUUUUGUCAUGGCAAGGAAUGUGCUGUUUCUCUUCACGUUGGUCCGCUUUGCAGACACUGACUACAUUGCUUCCAGUUUGACAACCAUCUGGUACUCACUCCAUAUUUCCAAGAGAGAGUACGACUUGAUCAAGACAAGCUUGGAUGAACUCAUUCAGAUGAGUGCUCAGCAACUCCAUGAUGCCACCCAAGGACUGGUGAAGCUCCUGGAUGAAGAUCUUAGGUAUCUGAGUCAGGUUUGGAAAAGAUGGCAAUCACUUGAAUGUCAAAGAGACAAGAAAACCUCGAUAAAUCUAAGAAAGCAAAGAAAGAGAGUGUUUAAGCCAGAUAAAGUGAGGGAAGGAGUGUCGAUUUACCUAGCACGUCUAUCCCCAGAAGACCAGAAGGCAAACAAGGAGUGGUUUGAGCAUGCUUUGUUUGUCCCAACUCAAACGGUGAAAAAAGAAGAUUUGCCGUUUGACAACCCGACACUAACUGGACGUGGUGCACACUUUGAAAUUGUUUGUGAUAUAACAGCCCCAGAAGAUUGUGAAUUUGUGUACUGCAUCAAGGAGUCAUCAUUUCCUUUUGCAGUGUGGGACUGUUUGAGAGUAAGAGAGAACACCCCUGGAUCCCACUCCUCUCCGAUGGUGAUGUACCACAAGUACGUGACAAACCUCCUCCAGAAAGUCAAGAGUCUCAUCCUUCAAGGUAGGCUCCUUAUCAGGGUCUCCUUGGCCAACUGUCUGGACUUUCCUAAUCAUCAUCAGACCUUGAACAUGCCCAACUAUGACCGAAUCUUCACCUCCAACCUGGCUGACUAUGUUGGAUUUGCUAAACUCCUGCAGACAAUGAAGCCACUGCUUGAUGCCAGCAACAGCUACUCAGCUAUUGUCACUGAGAGUAUGAACUGGAUUGAGAUAGUACCUGGAGCUGACAUUAAAAAAGCGGUGCAAACUCCUGAGUUUGCACAAUGUAAUCAGGCUUUGUAUCUAGACACUGGUAAGGAGGUGGAUGGCUUCAAUGGCAUCAGAGAGUAUUAUGACAAUACCAUCUGCUUUCUGAUGUAUCUCCGAGCAGAUCUCAUGGCAGGGGGAUUUGGCAUACCAUCACUCAAGGAAGUACCGUCAUUUGAGAGUGUCAAGAAAUAUCACGGCCUCCAAAUGCGUGACUUCCGGAAGGGACAGAACAAACUGGUACCAUUCCAGUAUCGAGUGAAUGCAAGGGACCUCACCAUGCUGAAUGGCUACGGCAGGACUGUAGAGUGGUAUCUGCCUCAAAGUGAUGCUCAACUGUAGACUUAUAUGCAGGGGGGGGGGGAGGGGAUGAGGGCUGCUUGUAUUGUAAUAAAAGCUGGGUUGUAAAAUCUUGAAUCCAUAAAAAAAAGCUUGACUUUGAUGCAGUUUAUGACUCAAUGGCAAUGGCUACAUGUCUAUUACUGGGAGAAAAUACUGAAAGGCACAGGCCACCGAGUCCAGAGAGAGAGAGUCGGUAAAUCUUAGGAAAGAACAGGGGUCCAAGGCUGCAGGACACAAAUGAUUUCUGUGGCACAGACAUUAUUUACAAGACCAAUGUGUCAUGAAGUUGCCAGCCAGCAUCUAGGCUACAUGAGCAGAUUCGCUGAUUAAGUAUGCAACUAGACUGCGUAUGACCUUGAGAAACUGACCAAUCAGCGGGCGCCUUCUA